GUGUAAUCGCCCCUUGGACAAGCCGAAAGGGAAGUUUUUUUUCAAAGCCGAGGUGAUCGAUCACCGUUAAUUGGUUUGGGUGAUAACAGCAACGCACAGAUCGCUGGUCCGCUCAACACCAAGAGGAAACGGUGGACCGCGAACGAACCCGACCUGACAGUCCCGCCCAAAAGCCACAAGGCACAGGAGUGCAAUCCAGCAAAUCGCAGCUCCCUGUUCAAGAGAGACAGAGUCUACUCAUGCUCCUGCGGCCGCGGCACGUAUCGGCACCGGUGCCGACCAUCGAAGAAGAUGGGAACAAGAAGAAGGCGCUGCUGCCGCUGAUGGCGACGAUCGCCGAAGACGGGCUCGGCGCCUUGCCGAUGCCUCCGACAGAGAAAGAUCGCAAAAGACGUACUUUCAGGCGAUCAAAUCUCAAGCUAAAGCUGCACGUCGGUGGCUUCACCCGUACGCGAAGGAGGGCAGUGCUGGCCGCUUGUGGUGGCUGGUGCUUGCUGUCAAUAGGCGGCGCGUUCCUGUUCAUCUGGUUCCGGGCCGUGGCCAUGGCGAGGGUGGCCUCGUCGGCUACUGUCGACGGUCAAGGCGGGAUGUUCACCGUCUUGGUCAACACUUUCGAGAGACCUAGGCAGAUGGAAGAGGCUGUGCGACACUACGCGAAGUGCCCCAGCGUGGAAAGCGUCAGAGUUGCGUGGUCCGAGCCCUCCCCCCCGCCGGACGCGACCACAAGCCCGCUGCUUUUCGAUCAUCCGAGGCCCGUGAGGAUACACGCCUACCCGACGACGAGCAUCAACAACAGGUUCAUACCACCGCCGGACCUCAUGACGGAGGCGGUCUUUGUCGUGGACGACGAUAUCGCUGUACCCUGCGAGCACCUCCUGUCUGCAUUUAACACCUGGCAACAGCACCCGGACACCUUGGUGGGCUUCUUCCCACGCUCGCACUCUUACCAGCCGCCAACAGCGGCAGAGGUAAAGGCGGACGAGGGCGAGGGCAACGGCAACUGGGAAUACCUCUACUUUUGGAGGGUGCUUUGGAGCAUGGAGUACAGCAUCGUCCUGACCAAGGCCGCCUUCGUGCACGCCAAGUACCUCGAGCUCUACAGCAGCAGCGGCGGUGAAGGCGAUGGUGUCGACGGUUUCGGUGGUGGUGGCAUCACCGCAACACAAGAACUACGCCGUGAUGAUAGCGCCAGCUCCGCGUGGAGCGAGGUUAUCGUCCAGGCCAUGGUCAGGGCUCGGGCCUACGUGGACUCCCACCGCAACUGCGAGGACAUCGCCAUGCAGAUGGCGGUGACCUCUGUGUCGGGGCUGCCUCCCGUUGCCGUCUUCGCCCCCGUGGUCGACAUCGGCCUCUUCGGAGGCAUCAGCACCGGAGAGGGCAGCGGGAAGUGGUGGCAAGCCCCGCACGCCAAGAAGCGCUCGAGGCGACCGGGGUGCCUCGCCGAUCUCCGCGAAAUUUUCUGCGACGUCGCCGACGAAUCACUCCUGCCGCCACCGCCUUCUCCAGACGACGAGGAGGAGGGAGCGACAGACAGACGACCACGCACACAUCGUUGCGAACCAUUGAUUCGAACCGAUCUCUUCGCCUCGACACCUCGUGCCACCGCCACGGCUUCCAUCAGAGGGGGGGUCCGUGGCAGGGGGGGUGAUGGUGAUGGUAAUAAUGGUAGAAGCGAUUUGUCGCGGCUGUCGCGUUGGGGCCUGGCCGUGCGGGCUCCGACUCCGGCGGAGUUUGUCAGCGCGGACAUGCUCCUUGUCCCCGCCAAAAUCUGGAAGUGGUUCGCAAAGGAUGACAUCCGGGGCCGUCGAUGAUGAUGCCCCGUGUGGUGUCUUUGGACGACGUGUUGUGGUGGUUCGGGGUGGUAUGCACGAUGCACGAAUAAAUUGUCUUGAUAGAAGGAAACUUUCUGAAAAUCUACUCCAUGUCCUCCUGUAGUUUGUUAAGGGACCGGUCUGAGAUGGUCGGAGGAGAUUAAUUCACCGUAGCUGAAGAAGCGAAAUCGGGGUGCAUGGUGUAGUGAGUGGGACAAUAGAAGGUGGUCGUUCGGCAACGGGAUCUGAAUUAUGUUUAGGAUGCUAUCAAGUCAAGUCAGGACCGUGGACAGGCAGUGCAAUUUAAACAGUCCAGGGGAGUAGUUUUCGGACAACUUUGGGGUUUCAGUAGUUCCUGGACACAAAAAAUUGGGCUGAUUUUUCGUAACUUUGCAACACAGCGAUGUAACCAUAAGCGAAAGUGAAUGCACGUGAUGACUCUCGGGAGUUUUAGGAGCGCGUGUCGUUGAGAUCGCGGCCGUGUGCGUGUUGGUGUAAGUAAAUGUAGAGUCAAACCGAUGGCUGUUUUUUCACUCUACAUCCGUUUUCGUACGACAGGUAAUGUGUUCGUCUUGUAGACUAUUAUCGAUGUAUUGUCUUGGUUCUUGUUUGUUUUGCCGCAACUAUCAUCCAUUCAAACGUGCACCGGAAAAUACAGAAACUCUGGGGCGCGCGGCAUGCAUUGUUGCAUGUAUCGCUUCGCACGUCGUGUGCCCUAGUUUUUGUACAGCAUUUGGAGGCGGAAGUUGUCUGUGUCCGGCGAUGCCGAAAAGCAACCGCGAAGAAUAGUUCAGUGUCGACUGUCCGCGAGCGCGUAUUUGAAGGCCUUAGGCUGCGGAGCUUGUUGGACAUUCCGAGGUGGAGGAGAGCGGUUGAAAAAAAGACGGGAUUGGGUCGUCGGUGCGUGUUGUAGUAGCCUUCACUAGGGAAUCAUGGCGUACUACUUGUACCGUAAAUGAGUAACAAAUGAGAGAGAAAAUAUAUGUUUCUUUUGUAUCUUGGGGUUUUACGGUACAAAACAAGUAGAGGGGGGCAUAUGUUCAGCAGUUAACCCACGUAUGCAGAGCGUCCAUCAUCCUUUCAUAA